AAAGCUUUUGCAUUCGUCUUUGAACAUCGCAAAAUGAUGUUCUUAGUUUUGUUACUGUUGGGGACGUCUGUUUCAGGACAACUCCAAUGUGGCUUCACACCCAUCCCUCAAUCACGUGUCAUUGGAGGUCAAGAUGCGAAGCCUGGGGCUUGGCCAUGGCAGAUCGCACUACAAAGAUAUGGCAGCUUCAUCUGUGGAGGAUCUCUCAUUUCUGAAAAUUGGGUAGUUACCGCUGCCCAUUGUGUAGCAGGCAGCUCAAAUCCUGCCAAUUACAGAAUAGUUGUUGGUGAUCACAAUCGGAAUGUGAAUGAAGGAACAGAGGAGUCUGUUGGCGCCGCGCAAAUCAUUUCUCACCCUCAAUACAAUAGUCCUGGUAGACUUAACAAUGACAUCGCCCUGAUUAAACUCGCUACGUCUGUGAAGCUCUCUGCCAGGGUGAACCCCGUGUGCCUACCGUCUAGCGACUCAAAUGUACCCACAGGAUCAAAAUGUUACAUUACAGGCUGGGGAAAAAUUAGGCAUCCAGGAGGAUCUCAUCCUAUUUUGCAACAAGCCAUGAUGCCGCCUAUCGAUCCAGCAAAGUGUAGGCAGAAGAUUCAAGCAAGUGGAGUCUCAAUAGCAUUAACUCCACAAAUGUUGUGCGCGGGCGUAGACAAUUCGAUUUUAAGUGGUUGCCAUGGUGAUAGCGGAGGACCGUAUGUGUGCUUGAAUGCGGAUGGGAAGACAUACACCUUGCAUGGUGCAGUCAGCUGGGGUUCUUCCAGAUGCGAUGCUAAACAACUUUUUACUGUGUUUGCCCGAGUGACGCAGUACCGAGCGUGGAUCAAACAGCACACUGGGAUUAGUGGAGGAGGCGGUUCACCAACUCCUCCAGUGGCCCCUGGUAAGUUAGACAACUAAAGAUUAA